AUGAAGGAGGAUGGCACCGGCGGCGUGAAAGGCAUGACGACGAUUACCUACACUUUCGAGGACGUCGGCGAAGGCGUCACUUUGGGCACAAGGAACUUGACCUGCGAGCUGCCUCGCGGUGUAAGCCUCCCCGGUGAUCUGUUGACGGUUUGCUGUCGUCCGAACGGGAUUGAGAGGUAUCAUGACGCUAUCAAGAAGGAACUUGAUGAGAAGCAGAAAGAGGUCUCUGGAUAUGGCAAGAGGGAAGUUUGGGAGGGUGCUUCCGCCUUCCGCCUUCACUCACAAGCCUUUUCAUUGCUUGGAUUUGAGAUGAUAACUCCCAAUAUCAUUCCCCAUUCACCCAGAACGGAAGUCCCGUGA